CUAGUCUCCCAAAGAGAUUUUAAGGAGUCCGUCCAACGAUGAAAAGUUAAGGGAAACAAGAUCAUUUGCUUUAAGCUGUUCACAGAAAGGUGGUUCGCGUCAUUUCCAGAUUCCACGAACAGAUAAUCUCCAAGGUAUCAGGGGAGUUAAAGGGACGGGACUUUAUUCCUCCCCCUUCCCUUCCCCAAGCGUCAGUCCCAGGGAAGGGAGGGGACAAAAAGAAGAGACGGGGAGGUGGAAAAGUGGAAGAAGCAGGAAGAGCCGGGUGCUGAGGGGAGCCCCCGAGCGUCGGCCCUCGGGCGAGCUGGCGUCUGGAACCCGCCCUGGAGCUGCGCCCCAAGCUGCAGCGCGCAGUCAGCUCGCCGCCCAGGAGCAGCCGGGACGCGCCGCUGUCGCCCGGGCACGAUCGCGGCGGGCUGGGGACCAGAGCCCCCAGAGCUUCGCUAAGGGGAAGCUGAGUUGAAAUGGAAUUGUACUGGAAAGAGCUCGCUAACUUCUCACAAGAUCAGGAAGUGAAGUGAGAAUGAAAACCAACAGUUGAACCCAUCACACCACGUCCAGGCCGAGCCUGUGGGAUGAUGCUGUUCACACCAAGGGUAUUCAUUUUUCAACUAUAUUAGCCUCUGAAACAAAAAAGAAAUGGACUUUUUAAACUCAUCAGAUCAAAACUUGACCUCCGAGGAACUGUUAAAUGGAAUGCCUUCCAAAAUUCUAGUCUCCCUUACUCUGUCUGGCCUGGCACUGAUGACAACCACUAUCAACUCCCUUGUGAUCGCUGCAAUCAUUGUGACUCGGAAGCUGCACCAUCCAGCCAACUAUUUAAUUUGUUCCCUGGCGGUUACAGAUUUUCUUGUAGCUGUCCUGGUGAUGCCCUUCAGUAUCGUGUACAUUGUGAGAGAGAGCUGGAUUAUGGGACAAGUACUCUGUGACAUUUGGCUGAGUGUUGACAUCAUCUGUUGUACAUGUUCCAUCCUGCAUCUGUCAGCUAUUGCCUUGGAUAGGUACCGAGCAAUCACAGAUGCUGUUGAAUAUGCCAGGAAAAGGACUCCCAAGCAUGCUGGCAUCAUGAUUACAAUAGUGUGGGUUAUAUCGGUGUUCAUCUCUAUGCCUCCUCUCUUCUGGAGGCACCAAGGAACUAGCCGUGAUGAUGAAUGCGUCAUCAAACAUGACCACAUUGUUUCCACAAUUUACUCCACGUUUGGAGCUUUCUACAUCCCACUUGUACUGAUAUUGAUCCUCUACUACAAAAUAUACAAAGCAGCAAGGACACUAUACCACAAGAGGCAAGCAAGUCGGAUGAUGAAGGAAGAGCUGAAUGGCCAAGUUCUUUUGGAGAGCAGUGAGAAGAGUAUUAAACUGGUCUCCACAUCCUAUGUGCUAGAAAAAUCCUUAUCAGAUCCAUCGACAGACUUUGAGAGAAUUCACAGCACAGUGAAAAGCCCCCGGUCUGAGUUGAGGCAUGAGAAAUCGUGGAGAAGACAGAAAAUCUCAGGCACUAGAGAGCGCAAGGCAGCCACUACCCUAGGACUGAUCCUGGGUGCAUUUGUCAUAUGUUGGCUGCCCUUUUUUGUAAAAGAAUUGGUUGUUAAUGUCUGUGACAAAUGUAAAAUCUCUGAAGAAAUGUCAAAUUUUUUGACAUGGCUUGGUUACCUGAAUUCCCUUAUAAAUCCACUGAUUUAUACCAUCUUCAAUGAAGACUUCAAGAAAGCCUUCCAAAAACUUGUACGAUGUCGAUAUUAGGUUAAAGGAAGUCUAUUUUUAAAGGAUGGAGGCUUUAUUUAUUUGGGGGUGGGAUAACUAAAUGAAUGUAAAGUAAUAAAACAUUUAAAUUUUUAGAGAAAAUAUAUUAAGACUGCUAAAAUUGUAAGAGCAUAAAUUUAUUUUUAAUAGCACCAAGAAAUAAGAGUAUUAAUUUGACCAUCAUUCUAGUGUUAUCAAAAUUAGGAAAUAAUUUAUGCAGCUUAUAAAUAAUCUUUUGUCUAUGCAAUAUACCUAAAAAUAUAACUGGAAAACUAUAUAUACAUGCUAUUAAUUACAAUGCUUUCCAGAUUUAUAUCUUACAACAACUAGAGGAAUUUUUAAUUAACAUAGUUGCGGGGCAUUUGCCCACUAACCCCACAGUUCCCCAGAGUUUUCUUGAGUGAGAGCAGCAGGAAAUAUUAGAUUGAAGGAUUUAGAUUGUGGAG